AUGUUCGGCCGCCGGCCCCGCAUUCUACCACCUAUCCUCGACCCGGCCACCGCCGCACAGUGCGCCGCCGAGUUCGGCGCCGAUAAAUCCGCCUCCGCCGCCGAGAUCAUCCAGCGCAUCGCCGGCCAAUUCGCCGACGCUCAGGACAACCUCCUCGUCUCCAAGGCUAACCAAGCCGCUUCCGCCAACAAGAAACGCUCGGCCGAACACGAGGACAUCACCGAGGGUUCGCUCGUCAUGCUGUCCACCUAUCACCGUCGCCGCGAGUUCGUCUCCGCCGACGAAGACCGCGCGGCAAAGUUCUUUCCCCGCUGGGACGGCCCUUACCGCGUCAUCAAGGCUCAUCCUGACACAUCCAACUACACCCUCGACAUACCCAACGCCUCGCCCAAAGCUUGCCUCGUCUUUCACUCCAGCCUCAUCAAGCCCUAUGUCGAACCCGACCCGGACCUCGCCCCCGAUCACGUCCUCGAACGCCCCGGUCCCCUCGCCAAUGGCGAACACAAACUCCGUGACAUCGUCGCCGAGCGCCGCCGCGGCCGAGGCAUGCAGUACAAAGUCCGCUGGGAUGGCUACGGCGACACCGACAUGGAAUGGCUUUCCGGCACCGCUCUCCGCGACACCGAGGUUCUUGACGUCUGGGAACGUCGCAAGGCCGCCCGUUCCGCCCCGCACACUACCACUGCCAUUGACGACGCGCCCGCCGCGGCCGUCUUCGUUACUUCUGAUGAACCCGUUUCCUAUCCCGCCUUCUCGUACCCCCCGUCAUACAACGGCUUCUACCUAACACUUCUUGUUUAA